UAGUUUAUUUGUCACUGGCUAUCACUAGUCGAAAGGCGUGAAGGUUGGAGUGCCAGUUUUCAUUUUCGUAAAAUUUUGUAAAUAGGGCAGAUGACAAAAGAUUGUCCGCUCAAUAAAUGUAAAAGAAAUUAGUGAUAAGAAUCGCGACGAAAAAUGAUUCACAGUUUGUUUAUAAUAAAUCCCUCGGGGGAUGUAUUCCUAGAGAAACAUUGGAGAAGUGUUAUACCGCGUUCUGUGUGUGAUUAUUAUUUGGAAGCACAGAGAGCAUCGCCUAAUGAUGUCCCACCAAUACUGGCUGCACCACAUCAUUACUUGAUCUCUAUACAAAGAGGAGGUGUAGCACUUGUGGCAGUAUGUAAGCAAGAAGUUACACCUCUUUUUGUUAUAGAAUUCUUACACAGGGUUGUUGACACAUUCCAAGAUUACUUUUCAGACUGCACUGAAACUAUAAUAAAAGAAAACUAUGUAGUUGUUUAUGAGUUAUUGGAUGAAAUGUUAGACAAUGGGUUCCCAUUGGCCACAGAAAGUAAUAUCUUGAAGGAAUUGAUCAAGCCACCCAAUAUUUUAAGAACAAUUGCCAAUACUGUCACAGGGAAAUCAAAUGUUUCAUCAACUUUACCAUCCGGUCAACUAUCAAAUGUGCCAUGGCGGCGGUCGGGCGUCAAAUACGCUAACAACGAGGCUUAUUUCGACGUUGUUGAAGAAGUCGAUGCCAUAAUUGAUAAGAGUGGUGCUACAGUGUCCGCUGAGAUACAGGGAUAUAUUGAUUGCUGCAUAAAGUUAAGUGGCAUGCCAGAUUUGACACUCACAUUUGUGAAUCCGCGGCUCUUUGAUGAUGUAUCAUUCCAUCCGUGUGUGAGAUUCAAACGUUGGGAGUCUGAAAGAAUUUUAUCGUUUAUCCCGCCCGAUGGUAGCUUCCGCUUGAUGUCGUAUCAUAUUGGGUCACAAAGCGUUGUUGCAAUACCGAUUUAUGUGCGUCAUAAUCUGACUCUACGCUCGAACGGUGACCAAGGCCGUUUGGACCUCACCGUGGGACCGAAACAAACUAUGGGAAGAACUUUGGAGAAUGUUGCGCUAGAAAUAUGCAUGCCGAAAUGUGUUCUAAAUUGCUGUUUAACAGCCAACCAGGGAAAAUAUUCUUAUGAUCCUGUCAGUAAAGUACUUUUAUGGGACAUAGGACGUAUCGAACUGCCGAAACUACCGAACAUUAGAGGAACCGUUUCGGUGGCUACUGGGGCCGAUACUUCAGGCGCCAACCCCAGCAUCAACGUGCACUUCACGAUACCACAGCUAGCUGUCAGCGGGCUGCGCGUGAGUCGGCUCGACAUGUACGGAGCUAAGUACAAGCCAUUUAAGGGCGUCAAGUACAUCACCAAAGCUGGCAAGUUCCACAUAAGGAUGUGAUGCGGGGAGGAUGCUCAGAGAACAUGGAUACAUCCCGGAAUAUUGAUUUAAAUACUACGCCAAUGUUUAAGGUCAUUGAACUGAUUUUAUUCAAUUAUGGGCGAAAUGUUCUUUAUUUAUUAAAGAAUUAUAUUACGUUCUAUCAUAAACAAUAUGAUCUGUGACUAUAUGUGUAUGAGUUAUUUGUCAAGAAUUAUUAGAGAGGGCUGGAAAUGUUUACCGCCGACGUUAUCAAAAAGUAUGUACAUUCCUGUUAUAUCCCAAAUUACUUAUCUAAAUAUUAUUAUUCUUAUUAUAUUUUUGAACGACGGAGAACACAAUGUAUUUAGAAUAUUUCGAUGUAUGGACAAGUAGUUUUUAACGGAUGUUCUGAUAUCUAUUAAAUAGAUUUAUAAUCGAAUGUAUAAUUGAAUAUUUGUAAAUUAAUUGGUCUGUAAGUCGAGACAUUUGUUAUAAAUUGUAAAUAUUAUAACUUUUCUAUAUUCAUGUAUGUGUAUUGUACAACUUUCAUUCGUUUUUUCUCACUUGGAAAGUUGAUCUUAGUAAAAAAGUUAAGUCCUGUAAAACAAAAUAGUUAAAAAGAUUUUUGAAAUAUGUAGUAUAAAGCGCUUUUUAAAAAAAUCGACUGAUUAUUAUAAUGGCAUGUAAGUUUAUAUCCAA